UAGGGGGAAAUGUCUCUAUCAUCCUAUAUGGGAAUGACAGUUUCAAAAAGUUCAGUUCCGCGGUGUUUCUAUUUCUAAAGUUAUUUUGGUUUGGAAGUGACAUUUUGUGGGAGCGUGUUGGAAGUUGGCAACUUUCUUCAGUUAAAUCAUUGGCGAAAUUACUAGUCGAGAUAACAAUGUCUAAACCUGCAGAAAAAGGGUCUACCGAUAAAAAAACUGAUUUAUCGGAAAACAAGCUCAGUCGUGAAGAAGUUAAAGCACAACGUGAAGCAAAGAAAGCAGCUAAGCUAGCCAAGAAAAAGGGCAAGGAUGACACUAAUAGCGGUGAAGCAGUUCCCAAAGACAAUAAAAGUCAAUCAAAAGAUGCUAACAAAGCCGUCGGUGAUGCGAAAGCACCUGCUCCAGCGAAAAGUAAUAAAGGUCCCGCAAAAGAACCCAGCAGUCCUGGAAAAGCUGAUGCUAAGAAGCCCACGAAUGCAAAUGAAAAGAAUAAACAAACAAAUCAAAAAGUGGAUCGUGCACCGCAAAAACAGCCAACUAAGCCUGCCCAACAAAAGCAAUCAGCUAAACCGAACAAUGGAAAUGAGACUUCCAAACCAGAACCUGCUAAAACAGAAAUUAUACCAGCCACGCCUCGAACAAAGCAGAAGAAAUAUAAAGCCAAAUUGUUUAAUCAUUUGAACGGAGAUACAAAGGCUCACAAAUUAUUUAUAAAUAAUACAGCUGUGCAUCCAUCAAUUAUCCGUGUAGGCGAACAAUACUUAAAUCGAAGCGUUACAGGAUCAAAUGCCCGUUGCAUCGCUUUUUUGUACGCUAUUAGAACGAUUAUUCAAGAUUAUGUCACUCCACCGAACCAAGAGUUUUCUCGAGGUUUAGAAGCAAACAUCAAGAACUAUGUGGAUUACUUGCAAAACUUCAGGCCAUUGGCAGUUUCAAUUAUCAAUGCUUAUAAAUAUAUUAAGUAUAUCCUAACUCAACUGCCAACAAACUCGACUGAUUCGAAACUCAAGGAAAACCUUUGUGAACUUAUUGACGCCUACAUCAGGGAUCAGAUUGAUAAGGCGGCAGAAGCAAUCAGUAGCACGGUUCAGGAGAAGAUUUGCAAUGGGGAUGUGAUUCUAACAUUUGGAUGCUCGUCUCUUAUAAAUCAUAUCCUGGAGGAAGCACACCGUCGAAACGUAGACUUCCGUGUCAUCAUCGUCGAUUGCGGGCCUUUCCUUGAAGGUCAGGAGCUUCUACGUCGUCUGAUUUCAAAAGGAAUAUCAUGCACGUGCGUACUUAUCAAUGCAAUUGGCUUUAUAAUGCCAGAAGUAACGAAAGUUCUUCUCGGUGCACAUGCCCUUCUAGCCAAUGGCUAUGUAAUGGCUCGGACUGGAACGGCACAAAUUGCGUUGGUAGCGCGUUCUUUCAAUGUUCCGGCGCUGGUAUGCUGCGAAACGCAUAAGUUCAGUGAACGUGUGCAAACGGACGCAAUCGUAUUUAAUGAGUUGGGGAAUCCAGAAGAUAUUGUGAAAGAAUCGAACAUAAAAGAGAAGCGUUUGGCCAAUUGGCAAUCAUUUCAGAAGCUUUACCCCUUGAAUUUGAUUUAUGAUAUCACACCCCCUGAACUGGUAAGUGCUGUAGUGACCGAGGUGGCUAUAUUGCCUUGUACUAGUGUUCCUGUCAUUUUGCGAAUCAGACCAACUGAAAUUUUGUAUUAGACUCAGCUUGUGAUACACAUGGUUCGAGUGUUUAAUAAAUCUGAUUUUAUAAA